AUGAAUGGAAGUUUGUCGCGUGGCCCAGCGCCGCGAACGGCAACAAUUACCAAUCAUGAUAGGAAACCCAUACCUCCAUCAAUGUUUACGUUUCGGAAAACGACUCCAGCUGAAAUGAAACAAGCCUCAACACCGAAAAGUUUAUCACUUGUAAAUAGAGGAGUUUUUACCAAUCCGGAAUAUUUGAAACAUACAGUCCGACCACCUAUACGACAGCAAGCCCCUCCGCCCGUGACAGUACCACCUAUACGAAAAGAACCGAUUCGUCAACAAUAUCAAUUACCACGACCAAUUUUAUACGCACCAGCUACAGUAUACCAGGAGGAGGAUGAGGAUGAUGACGAUGGACCACAAUAUGCGCUUCCUGCGGAACAUCUUUUCCCUCACCCUCCUCCGGAAGAACCAUUUCAAGCUGAACCGACUUCCACGCAAUACGAUGAUCAGUUUUCUUCAACGUCGUCUCCUGUUUCAACUUCAGUUUCCACUGCGUACACUACUCCAAUUUCUACACCAACAGUUAAUCCCCAAUUUUCGCAGGUUGAUACUAGUACUCCUUCCAGCUAUUCAAAUACAAGUUUUACCAAUGAACCGGUUUUCAAAAAAGCGUAUACGGUGUCCGAUAAUGUGCCGAGUAGUUCAACAGACGUUGCACAUAACUCAGCUUCCGGAAACAGCCAAGAAGCAGAUAACUCUAACACGAUAGAACUCCCAACAAAUUGCAAAUUGUUCCAAUACCAAUGGGUUGUGGAUGGCAUUCCUCGUACGCUACUCGUCCCAAUGCCAAUAAAUGCCACGGAACAGGAUGUCAGGGAAAUGCUCCCAACUACAUUAAACGUUGACCCAGAAGAACUAGCGAGAACAUUCAGAGCAGAUACAUCAAAGGCUGAAAUCACAACUUUGUCUCUUCCUGGUGGUGGUAUGCCAACCAUCGAGACCGCGGAUGAUGAUGAGCAACAAGAAGAAUAUGUAUCCGAAUUCGACGAAUCAGUCGACUACGACGAUGAAGCUGAUGAAUAUAGUCCUAUUCUUGUCAAUCCAAAACAGUACCAUCGGAUUGUGAGAAGAAGAGAAAUGAGGCAAAGACUGGAAGCAUCGGGAAGAUUGCCACUUUCACGACAGAAGUAUCUUCAUGAGAGUCGCCAUCGACAUGCUUUGAACCGGAAGCGAGGAAUUGAUGGAAGAUUUGAUAAUGCUCUCAUGGCUGGUCGAGGUGGAGAAGACGACGACGACGAUGAAGAUGACGACGAAGUGAGUACAACUAGUCACAUACGCCCGAUCGAUCGACGAUUGCUUCCAAAGUUGGCUCCAAUUGCUGCUGGACCUGGAGGAAUGGCGCCUGUAUACAAAUGCAAUGACUACACAAUCCGAAGUGUUCCAACCACUAGUGCCAAUAUGCAGAACACCGUUCAAAUGAUUCACAAUGGCGGUCAAACAACAACAACUCAUCAAAUCAUCCACCACGACUCUCACAAUCAAACAAUGAUGAUGGAUCCAAACAUUCCAUCGACAUCUACUGGUAUUUACGAAACACAAAUGAUCGAUCAUCAACAAAACUACAUGAAUGCUCCGAUGAACUCGUACGAUGACUACACCCACCAUGAACAAUAUGAAGCUGAUACACUUCACUAUCAGGACAAUACAGAAGUCGGUGUGGAUCUUACUGGUGCUGAUGGACAAAGCUUCACAAAUUUAUAA